CAACAAUGAAUCUGGAGUGCUACAAGUACGUGGACGGCGUUUCUUUGCACGGAUGGUACCACGAGGACGUGAUACGCUCGGCACUGUCUUACAAGCCCCGCUCGGACGACAUCUUCAUAGUGACGUAUCCGAAGUCUGGGACAACGUGGAUGCAAUACGUGAUCCUCAGCAUUCUCGGCGGAGGCGAGGUGCCCAGAACUUUCGCCGAAUACGCGUUGGCCUCUCCAUACUUGGAACUUUUGGGCGCCGAGAGUGUCGAGAGGAUGCCCAGGCCUGGUCUGAUCAAGACUCACCUGCCUUUUCACAAGGCACCAUAUUCGCCCGAAGCGAAAUACAUUUGCGCAGCUAGGAACGUAUACGACGUUUGCGUAUCCUAUUACUACCACACGAGGGGCCUUACACCUAUUAGCGUGAAAGACGUGUCGUUUGCCACAUUUCACGACAUGAUUACGGCAGGCAAACUGUCCUACGGUGACUACUUCGACCACGUGCUCUCCUGGUAUGAACAUCGUCACCACCCUAACGUACUUUUUUUCACGUACGAAGAUGUGAAAAAGGAUCCCCAACUGUGGGUCAUGAACAUAGCGGAAUUUCUGGGAAAAGAAUACGCACAAGCCCUGAAAAGAGACCCCGAACUGCUUCUUAAAGUGAUUAGCGCGUCGAGCUUAACAAACAUGAAGCAGAUUUUCACCGAGACCCUGAGCGCCUCUGUGCUGGACCUGCUGAGCCUCCCAUCUGAGAAAGGUUUGAAGUCGUUGCAGGUGUACCGAGACAUCUGGCCUCAAAUAGGAGAGUUGCAUAAGAAUGAAGACUUCGUCCGGAAGGGUGUCAUUGGUGACUGGAAGGAACACUUCACACCAGAGCUGAUAGAAAAAACAAAGGCAUGGAUCGAGAGAAAGACUAUGGCGUCCGAUGUUAUGGAGCUUUGGAAGGACAUUGAGCUGCCCUAG